UUCAAAGAAAUCUUCUUUUCUGUUUGGUAUCGGAGAAAAUAAGAUGUCAAGCUCCAACAGUUCUGCACCAGAACAGCUCUGCUACAUCCCUUGCAACCUUUGCAACAUCAUUCUUGCGGUGAAUGUUCCAUGCAGCAGCUUGUUUGAAACGGUAACAGUCCGCUGUGGGCAGUGCACCAAUCUUUGUUCAGUGAACUUGGCGGAUUCCUUUCAAUCAAGGGCUGGAAAAGAUAUUCAGGUGCCUAACUACACCUCAUCGGAGUACGGAAUUGACCUAGGCUCUUCCUCUAGAAGCAAGAACAAGCAGCCACCAUCGAAGCGACCAACAACUUUAAAUACAACCACUCCAGAAAGGGUUGUUAAUCGACCUCCUGACAAGAGGCAUAGGGCUCCUUCAUUGUACAAUCAGUUCAUCAAGGAGGAGAUUCAGAGGAUCAAGCUGAGCAAUCCUGAUAUCACUCAUAGGGAGGCAUUUAGCACUGCUGCUAAGAAUUGGGCUCGCUUCCCUCACAUUCAUUUUGGACUGAUGCUGGAAAACGAUAAUCAACCAAAGCUCAAUAAUGACUCAACUGAGCCAUUCCAUCAGCUACUUAAGUGA